CAUGUGUAACCUUUAAGUUUUAAUAAUAAUUACACUUAAUUAUUAAUCAAAUAAUUUAUAAAUUGUAAACUGUUUGAAUAUUUUUUUUAAUUUUACUAAAAAUUGAAGGCUUUAAAAAUUAAAUUUUAAUUGUUUCUUUUUUUUAAAUAUGAAAGACUGUUGUGUAUGUCAGAAAAAAAACUCAGCUUAUAAAUGUCCAACUUGUAAACAAUUUUAUUGUUCUGCGACAUGUUGCAAAUCCCAUAAAUCAGUUGGCUGUGAACCUCCACCAGCAAAAGUACCAACGGAAUCCCGUGAACCAGUUAAAUAUAAUUUUCCCACUGAAGAUACAGUGCCAUUGGAAAAACUAGAAUUGCUUGGUCACAGUCAAGAAAUAAAAGAAUGUUUGAAGAAUCCUCACGUUCGUGACAUUGCUAGAGCGAUACUAAAUGAUUCGAAUCCAACAAAAGCAAUUGCUCUGGCUAUGACAGAACCCAUUUUUGUUGAACUCGCAGAUGCUUGUCUCAGAGUCGUUGAACCAAUUGACAAUUAUAAAACAUAAUUUAUCAUUAGUACUAAUUAACAGACACUUUAAUUUUUUACUCCGAGUGUAAUUUAAAUAAUUUACUGAAAGUAUAUUUUUUUUAUUCAUAAUUUA